AUGCGCAAGCGCACCAAUGCACUUGUUGCCAUGGAGAGAACGCCCGUAGCUCUUAGAGGUGGGAUCCCGGCGGCCAGUUCGGUCUCCAUGGCAACAGCCUGUUGUCUGUCCCGUGGUGGGAGGGGUGUAUCUGGGGGACGGCCAUGGCCCGGCUCCCAGCCCCCAGGCUCUGUGAUUGUCCCUGAUUGGCACGAGACCACGGAGGCAAAGAGCACCUGUCGUCUAUCCUUCGGAAGAACCGGCGGAGGUGUGUUUGGGCUGCUUGAGAGGCCAGUUCUCCCGCCCCAGGUGGCUGCUGACACUGCAAGCUACAAGAUCUUUGUCUCUGGGAAGAGUGGGGUGGGGAAGACAGCCCUCGUGGCCAAGUUGGCAGGUCUGGAGGUUCCUGUGAUAUACCAUGAAACAGUAGGCAUCCAGACAACAGUAGUGUACUGGCCGGCCAAACUGCAGGCCAGCGAUCGAGUGGUCAUCUUCCGAUUUGAGUUCUGGGACUGUGGAGAGGCAGCACUCAAGAAAUUUGAUCACAUUCUGCCUGCCUGCAAGGAGAAAACAGAUGCCUUCCUUUUCCUCUUCUCUUUCACUGACCGUUCUUCCUUUGAAGACCUCCCAGCUCAGCUUUCCCGGGUUGCUGGAGACGUCCCCAACACUGUCAAGAUGGUGAUUGGUUCUAAGUUUGACCAAUAUAUGCACACCGACGUUCCUGAGCGUGACCUCACAGCCUUCCGCCAGGCUUGGGAACUGCCCUUGCUGCGUGUGAAGAGCGUUCCUGGGCGUCGCUUGGCUGAUGGGCGCACUCUGGAUGGGCGGGCAGGGCGCGAUGUGGCUCAUGUCCUCAAUGGCCUGGCAGAGUACUUGUGGCACCAGGACCAGGUGGCAGCUGGGCUGAUCCCUGGUCCCCAGGAAAACUCCCCAGAUGGAGGGCAGGGCUGAGGAGGGGGGAGUCUAACCUAGGAGGAGGGUCCCGGAAGUAGGACAACUUGGAGUUGGCAUCCCUGUCUGCUUGUAAUCCAGUGGAAUGCAAAGAAUACAGCAGGGCUGAAGAUCUGGGUUCAGACCCAGCUUUGACUCUUCCUAGUGUGGCCUUGAGCCAGUCACUUCACUUUGAUUCCUGACUUAAUUCUCUAAUCUGUAAAAUGGAAACAUACUUACAUGCCACCCCUCCCCCCCCACCAGGGCCUGUAUUUUGCAGGCUUUAAAUCACAAUGGAAAUGGGAAGUAUGAUAAUACCUGGUCUGGCUCGACUGUCCAGGACUGUCUGUCUGGGCUAAAGCAAGGAAGAAUGAAUUUGGAGCCGAAGACCUGGCUUUUAACUCUAGCCCUCUGGGACUCACUGUUCUCCUCUGUCAGAUGGAUGAGAGGGUCCCUGAGUUCAUUCCUGGCUCUCUAGCCCAUGGCCUCCCCUGGGGGGUGAGGAGGUGGGGAGGGCCCUCCCCGACCCCCACGGGCAGAUCCUCUCACCUCGGAGCCAGUAUGGAGGAAAAGGGGGCAGAGCCAGAGAGUACCAGGGCAGCUGGACCCUGAGAGAAGAUGUUUUGGACAACAAGCCAACUCUGGCAUCUUGGCCGGUGGCUCCUUGACGUUAGUGAAGAUAUUAUAGUCCCAGACUAGCCCAUGGAGAACUAGGGUCCUGAUUCAGAAGAAAGAACCCUGGACUUGGACUCAGAAGACUUGAGUUUGAGUCCAUACUGCGCCAUCGAGCGUCUGCCUGACAUCAGCUGAGUUACAGAGCAGUCCAUCAGACUCUUCAUUUAUAUGCUCUCAAGGCCCCAGCUGCUGUAGUAUCCCUUCUUCCUCUCUGGCUCUUGUCCUCUCCUGGACUAGAGGGAUGGAGAGAAGAAGAUGGGGGUGGGGUGGGGAGGGAAGACUGUCCAGGAUGGGUUGGCCUACAUGGCUUCCUGAUUUCCUUCUUAAACUAGAAUUCUUCCAGGCUCCCUGUUGGGGUCUUUUCCUUUUAGGGCUCAGUAGGGCCUUGGUUCUGAAACCACUGAGACAAACAAUUCAGGAAGCAGCAUUUCUGGCUGAGCGUCAGUCAGUCCACAAGUAUUUAGGACUGGAGUUCCUGGCCUGGGCUGUGGAAACUUGUUUUA